UUUACAUAUUCUCCGCGGAAGAGUUUGGUUUCACAAAGAUUUGGUUUUAGUCGUAUGGAAUGAAUCUAAAUCAAUUCCCGAAUGAGGUGCUAUGCUGCAUUUUCGACUAUCUGCCGUGGAAGGAACGGCAACGUGUUUCGUUGGUGUGUGGCCGGUGGAACGCAAUCAUCAAUUCCGAUCACUUCCUCCGCUACCAGAAGCUCGUACUGUACAACUGUAGCAAGGCCAAAUUUUUCUACGGCGUCAGUGAUGAAUUGUUACGUCGCCAGAAGUCUAUCGAGUUCAACUCCAACGCAAUGCUGGACACCGAGGAGUUUUUGCAGACCGUCCGUGACACGUUCGGUGGGGGUGAGGCUAUGGUCGAGUCGCUGACCCUUAACAUGCGCUCCGAGCAUCGGGCAGCGUUCGAGCUGAUCGUGGCUAAUCUACCAAAGCUGGCCCACCUACGGGAGCUGAAAAUUUCGGCCAACGAGGGGCUGAGCAAGGGUCUCGUGAUAAGCAGCGCGUGUUUGGAGAGCGCAAACAUUUCGUUCUAUCAGAACUCGCUCUGUGUGGUCGAUGCGCCGAGGCUGCAAAAGCUACACCUUACAGUGCGGUACCGUAGCGAGAUGGAGCUGCUGAGCGCGGUCAGUGCUCAGCUGACGGAGCUGCAGGUGUCGUUCAUCUCGAAGGACCAUGUUGCCAGACUAUUUGACUGCGAUUUCCGUUCCCUGAGAGUGUUGGCUAUCGCGCUCAAGAAUGAUAAGUACAUAUCCUACGGUUCACCAACGCUUGCCAAACCCAUGGACGCGGACGGUGUAUUCACGAGGACCAUCGGAGGGCUUCAGAGCUUGAGGAUCAUCGACAUGUGCUGCAUAUUCGAUCUGGACUUUCUUCAAAUGUUUACCCACGCGACCUCACUCACGGCUUUGGCGAUCAAUAACAUUAAGCUGGUCAAUGAAGUAAACGAUUUUAUAAAUAGUUUCCGUAAGCUAGAGUAUCUCAAUCUCGACGGAUGCACGACGUCAAACGAUGAACCGAAAAGACUUGUUCUGCCGGUGCUGCGAACGCUCGUGCUGCCUCACAAACAUAAUCCGUUGUUCAGCAUUACCGAGCUGCAAACUCUGACCACGCUGUACUACAGUAACGCGAUGAAAACGAAAACGAAUUUCAUCGAGAAGAUAGCGAAAGCAUUCACCAACCUUCAGUUUUUGCAUGUGCAAAACUUUGAUUACGAGCUUGACUCGAACGCCUUCGUCUCUCUCAAUCUGCUGUCGAAGCUGCGCGUGCUGACUAUCAAGGAUAUGUCCGUGUCCUGCCAGGUGUUUGCCAACUGCAAAACGGUUCCACACCUGGAGCGCCUAGUGCUGGAUACGAUAGUGACGGAAGUGUCGAUACUGGAAACGAUACCGUCAAUAUUUCCCUCACUGCAAUCCUGCGUCCUGAAAAAUUGUUUCUUCUAUCUCAUCCCCAAGGAUAAAAGUUGCAGCUACAUGGAGUUUGAGGAGCUCCGGCGCCAGAUGCCGAGUUGCCGUGUUUCCACGAGGACUUCGACAGUUUUUAUCAACCAACAGCAUCAGUGACAAUGAGCGGGUUUAGAUUUAGCGCGCAUUACGCAAACACGACAAAUCCCUGUAAAUGAGAGGCUUCCACAAUCCGACCGUAUACGGAACAGUGAUAUGUAUAGUGAUGUUUUGACGACCUGGGGGGGUAGAAAUAGAAAAUAGUGGUGGUUCGUGAAGAACUGCGCCAUAAGGUAGAUGGUUGGUGUGUACGAUUGCGCGAAACCUGUGUGAGCACGGGCCUUGGAGAGGCAUGAGCCGAAAUAGCUCAGUUGGGAGAGCGUUAGACUGAAGAUCUAAAGGUCCCCGGUUCAAUCCCGGGUUUCGGCACAUCGGAACACCUUUUUUUACACGGUGUUUUUUGUGAACAACCGAUACGAGUGUGUAAUGUGUUACGAAUUUCAAUAUGUAGCUUUUUUUUGGGGUUUUUUGUUUAAUGUUUACCAAAAGCUUUAAUUUGAAUCAAGAUUACCUCGUUAUACACGACAAAAACCAUAUAUUGUUUCCAAAUAUAGAAAUAAUCCAU